AAUGAUUUGUCACGCCCAUUUUACUCUGGUCUGCGAGUAGAUCGUAUUGGGCGGUCUACAGCAAUAUCUACUUGUAGCCCGAAGCCACAAGCCGGUCCGGGAAGUAAACAGGUGGCGAAGACGCGGGGUGUCAUUCAAAUUAUAAGAAUAUAUGAUGGAUUGGUUCCACUGCAACAAGUGCUUCAAGACAGAGGGAAAUACAUUUUAUGUGUCCAGCUGUAGUCACAUCUGCUGUGAGGCUUGCAUCUCCAAAGACAUCUGCUGUAUAUGUGGAACUGCCUGCAGAUACCUUCAGCUGUCUAACAAUCUUAAAACACAAGAAAGAGUAUACUUCAUGAAUCCUGUUGAAAUGGGUAAAAAACAGUUUGAGAAAAUUACACAGGUGUCAAUUUUCCAGAGGCAACAGAUUGAGCGUGUUUUGACAUUCUUCAAGCAAAAGUCUUCUAAACUUGAAGCAAAACUCACUGAGGUUUGCAAGCACAAUUGCUAUCUGGAAAGACAGCUAGAAGAUCUAAAAAAAGAAAACUGUGAACUGAAAGUAAUUUUGUCUCAGAAUAAGAUGUCAGCAAGUGUUUUAGAGUCUGGAAGAUUUAGCAAAAUUUUAAAACCUAUUGCUAUCACAUCACCAACACCAGUGACACCAAUAAGGAGCAGUUAUCAAGUCAGUCGCUCCUACUCGGAGGAAUCUCUUGAGAGGCACUUCCAAAAUAGGCCAACAAAUAUGCAGACACCAGGCAGCUCCAUGUUGUCAGGAAGUAGCAGCACUUAUGACUUAAGGACUCCAAAUACUAUUUCAGGCAGAGAUGCUAGUUUCAGAUUGAAGAAGAGACAAAAUGAAAAUUGCAUGUCUCCUUCUGUUAAUCUGCUUCCAUUUGACAUGAUUUCUCAGCUUCAGCAAAGAAGAGAAUAA